AUGGAACAUUCGUCUCCCCUCGCUGCUAUGCAGCCUUCACCUGCUCUGUUUGGUCGUUGCUUCAGAUCAGAGGCUCCGACCUCGUACCCUUUGUCCGGGUUUGGCGGUAGUCCAUUCAACUUCAAGGAUCUGUCAAUGAAGAAGUCUGGUCCCGAUUACUUCAAUAUGGGUCCUCUGCAGGGUUCAUCACCCGCAGCUAGCCUGGCAGCUGACCUGUCUCAAAACUUUCAUAUCGAUCAAAGCCCUCAGUUGGUAACGCCCCGACGGUCUUUGUUCUCAUCAAACGCCUUGGGUAUGGCAAAUCGUCGUGAUGAUGUGAUGACCACUCCUCCACUGCCAUCUUCGCCUGCUGGCUCUGGUAUGGAUAUUAUGGAAAUGAGCCCGUUGCCACACAAGCCGGCUUUCAUGAUCACCACCGAGAUCGAGGUUCACUCGCCCUCACCAUUGAACACUCCUUUGGACUCCCCGAUCACAUCGGCCGCCCCCAGCCCAUUACAGGCAUCGCCUAUGGAAACCCCGACGUAUGCUGCUCCUGAGCGACGUCGUCCCCCCUUCCUUCGACCGAGCUUGGCUAAGAGCAAGGCUGCUUCUUUCCAACUCGGAAUGAACCGACCUAGCCAGGAGAACAAGGCGCCUGCGUUCCGGUUCAGCACACAGGGAGCCAAGACAUCUCUGAGUACUUCUACCUCCUUGGAGGAUAUGUUCGGAGAUUCACCUCCCCAAGAGAGGUCCAUCUCUCGUAACAGCUCGUCGAAUAACUUGGCGCUUCCCCGUCUUCGCCCACCAUUCCACCAUGCUCGCAGCAGCGGCUCCCCCGCUCCUAACUCUAUUCGCAAGCCCUCUCACCCCUUGAUGCGCCCUCGCAAACAAUGCCGGCGGUCAUUGAGCAUGUUUGAGAACCCAGCGGAUGUUAUUGCCGAUAAAGAGGCUAAGGUAUCAACAAAUGCACCCAUAAAGUCCCUCCAGUCCCAGUCCAUCAGUGACAUAGAGACCGCUCCUCAGCCCCAACUUCCUCACUUUACACCUGAGGAUCGGGCGGACGGUCUGCCUCGCAUCGCCAAAAACACCCUCCUGGAACUUCUCGGUGGCAGGUUCAAUGAUCAGUUUGACAAUGUCAUGAUCGUCGACUGUCGCUUCGAAUAUGAAUACGACGGUGGCCACAUCAAUGGCGCCAUCAAUUUCAACGACAAAGACCGCCUCGCCGGUGAACUUUUCACCUCUCCCAAGUCCCGUACUGCAUUGAUUCUUCAUUGCGAGUACUCCGCCCACCGGGCACCCAUCAUGGCCAAGUACAUUCGUCACCACGACCGUGCCGUUAAUGUCGACAGCUACCCUCAUCUGACCUACCCGGAUAUGUACAUCCUGGAGGGAGGAUACAGCGCUUUCUAUGCCGAGCACAGUGCCUUUUGCUACCCUCAAAAUUACGUUGAGAUGAACGCGAAGGAGCAUGAGUUUGCAUGCGAGCGAGGCCUUGGCAAAGUCAAGCAGCGUUCUAAGUUGAACCGCGCUCAGACUUUCGCCUUUGGCCAGCACUCUUCCCCUGGUAUGGAGGAUAGCCCGACUGGUCGUUGCCGUUUUGAUGAAGAGCGCACCAGCCGAUUGAUGAGCUCGCCAUUCUCCAUGUGCGAUAGUCCCGUCCCCAAUCGGACUCCAGGACGUCGCAUGCUGUCUUACUAG